AUGAUACGCUCCCCCUCUUCCCCAGAGUGAAAGAAACAGGUGCGUGAUCGCUAAUAAUGAUUGGGUGAAUUUGUGAUUCUGAGAUAUCUCUCAUCAGAGAGCUACUGACUAAAAAAUAAUCUAACCUAGAAUAUGAGUGAUGAACGGCUGAGAAAAAAGUGUAAUUCCUAAGGGUUGGGUGUAGAGAGCGCCAUGUAUCGCAAAGACCCAGAUCAUUCAUAUAUUGCUUAACAAUACUUGCUGACUGCCAACUCCUGUGUCCGCCUGCAUUACUGAGCCUGUCCACUCCAGGGUCCAGAACCAUGUUGAAGUCUCCUCCGAUGAUGACUGUGUUGUCUAGGUGAGCAGAAAGUGAGGUGAAAAAAGAGUGAAAAAACGAGGAGUCAUCAACAUUUGGACCAUAUACAUUAGAAAUACAUAAAUUCAAGCUUUGAAUUUGCAAGACUAAAAUUAAAUAUCUACCCUCUGAGUCAAUGUGAGUGUCCUUUACGGUGAAAUUUACUCUUUUAUUAAUGAGAAUUGCUACCCCUCUUUGUCUGGAGUUGUAACAGGCGCAGAAAACAUGCGGAAAUUGUGCCGUGGCCAAUGCAUCUACCGAAGCUUUAACUAAAUGAGUUUCUUGCAGUAGGACAAUGUCCGCCUGCAGAGUUUGUAUGUGGUUAAGAAGUUUUAAUCUCUUUGCCGUGUUCCCGGCUCCGUUUACGUUCCAGGUGACAAACUUUAAUUUAUCCAUAAUCCAAUCAUUGAAAGUAACAUUAUAUGUAAGUGGUAAUGUUGCAUGAAAAGCUGUUGUAUGUGUGUGUGCCAUGUUAUUCUAGAUGUGUGAAAUGUGUGUUUGUACCAAUUUACCAAACCGAGAAAGAAAGUGCAGCAGAGUGGGACAUAGAGGGAAAAAAGAAAAAAAAAGGGGAAAGGGAGUGAGGUGGGGGGGAGGGAGAUAAUUCUAAACAUGAUAGAAAAAGAAAUAGAGAAAGUAAAAAAAAGAGAGAGAAAGGCAAUCACCAGUGUGAGCCUAUAACUUACCGAGACUAGCAGAGCAAGAAUUAUUAAUACAUUAAUAUAUGCCGAGAAUAUUUUAUGAAACUAUAUCUAAUCUAAUCACCAAGUGUUUAUGUAACUAUAUCUAACCUAAUCACCAGUUAGUAAGAAAGAAAGAGAGGAAAAGAAAGUAAAUUUUGUACUCAUCCUUUUUUAGAAGAGCCAGGGCGUGAUGUUGGAGUCGCGGUACAGUUGUCCGUUCACGUACAGCUUGUCCACGGUGAUGACAGCACGAGAUCCCUCCGUCAUGAACCUCCUCCGGACCGGGAAGAGGACUCGGCGACGGUCCAGGAUCUCCCGGGGGAACUGGUCGUUCACGGAGAACGGCAAUCCGCGUAGCUGUGGCCCCCUUCUUCUCACAAGCUCUUUGUCUUUAUAGUGUUCGAAUUUAGCAACAAUGGGCCUGGGUCUCUGGGCUUCGGGUCUUCUUCCUCCUAGGCGAUGGACGCGGUGAAACGUGAUGGAGUUCGCCAGGUCUUCUGGAAGCUUCAGGUGGUUCCGGAUGAAAUCCUGGACGGAUUGUUCAGGAUCUUCAUCAGGUUUUUCCGGGAUCCCCGAGAACACCAAGUUGUCCCUCAUGGAACGAGCUUGAAGGACUUCCACCAGGGAUAAACGGGAGUCAUGGGAGGCCAAGCGGGUGUCAAUGGACCUCAGAAUGUCCUCGGUGGAAUUUCCUGGAGGAGAAAUUGCUCCAGGGGAAUCCUCAGGACGGCAACGCUUCGGCGUGGAGGAAGCGCCGGAGGACGCGCCCCCAGACUUCUUCACCAUGACAAAUCUCUCAAAAUACUCGUCUAUAGAUGCGUCUAAAGAUUCGCUUUGCUCCAGAUCCAACUGGAGGGGCAGCCAUGAGGGACUAUCAUCACCUUCCUCAAUCAGCGAGGCGUCUGCAGCGAGUCACCGGUCCAAAGAUCAUCCUCCACUCUUCAGCACAGAACCAAAGCCUCCAGAAAGAACACGCAGAAGAAGCCCGGAGAAGCAGGAGAUGUUGAAGGCGUUUGAAUCCAAAGCCAUGACCUUCAUGAAUCAAGCUCUGAGGAAACACACCAAGGUCCUUUCUGCCAAACACAAGGAGCUGUUCGACGGAGACGAGGGUGAGGAAGAGCUUCAGGACUGUGACGAUGAAACGAGCGAAGCAGCGCUGAAGAUCGCUCUCCACGUCCUGAGGACCAUGAACGAGGGGGAACACGUCCGAACCCUGGAGCAACGUCACUACGGAGAACUCCGGUUGUACCAGCAGGAACUAAAGUCCUUCUGGAGGAUGAAACAUUCCUGCUUGUUCGAGGCGAUAAACUCCCAGCAGUUGCCGGUUCCUCUGAAGCAGAUCUACACGGAGCUGUAUCUGCUGGAGGGCGACGGCGGAGACGUCAACCUGGAGCACGAGGUCCGGCAGAUCGAGGCGGCCUUCAGCCAGCAGAGCCUCAUGGGAACUCUGAUUCAGACCGAAGACCUCUUCAAGCCUUGCCCCAGACAGGGACCCCCGACCCGGACGGUUCUGACCCGGGGCAUCGCCGGGAUCGGCAAGACGGUGCUGGUGCAGAAGUUCCUGCUGGACUGGUCCGAGGACAAGGCCCACCAGGACUUCCAGCUGCUGUUCUCUCUGCCGUUCAGGGAGCUGAACCUUCUCCGACAGCGGAGAUGCAGCUUCAUGGAGCUGCUGCAGCAGUUCCACCCGAGCCUGAAGACUUCAGGGAUCACAGACCUGGAGAAGUACCGGGUUCUGCUGGUUCUGGACGGGCUGGACGAGUGCAGGUUCCCCCUGAACUUCAACGGCGGGGAGAGGAUCACCGACGCCUGCCAUCCCGCCGCGGUGGAGGUUCUGCUGACCAACCUGAUCUCCGGGAAGCUGCUGCCCGGCUUCUGCCUGUGGGUGACGACCCGCCCGGCGGCGGCUAACGGUCUCCCCCCGGCCUGCGUCCACCGCCUGACGGAGAUACGGGGCUUCAACAACCGGCAGAAGGAGCAGUACUUCCUCAAGAAGAUCCAAGAUGAGAACUUGGCCAAGCAGAUAAUCGCCAACAUCAAGUCGACGCGGAGCCUCUACAUCAUGUGCCACGUGCCGAUGUUCUGCUGGAUCUCCUCCAUCGUCCUGGUGAAGAUGUGUGAAGAAGAACCGAGAAGCAAAAAGCCCAAGACUCUGACUCAGAUGUACAUCCACUUCCUGACGCAGCAGACCGCGCAGAUGUACGUGAAAUACCAGAACCGGCCCCAGCUGGACUCCCAAGGCAACAACAAGGCCAUCAUGGCGCUGGGGAAGUUGGCCUUCCAGCAGCUGCAGAAGGGAAACCUGAUCUUCUACGAGGACGACCUCCGGGACUGCGGCAUCCCGGUCCAGGAGGCGUCGGUUUACUCAGGACUCUGCACUCAGGUGUUCAGGGAGGAGUCCUGCCUGCAGACCAGGGUCUUCUGCUUCGUCCACCUGUCCAUACAGGAGUUCCUGGCUGCUCUGUACGUCCACGUGACCUACAAGCUGGACGGGGUGAACCUGAUGACGGGGACGGAUCGGGCGGCCAGAGCCGGGUCGGUAUCCGAGCUACACAAGGCCGCGGUGGACCAAGCCCUGCGGAGCGACAACGGCCACCUGGACCUGUUCCUGCGGUUCCUCCUGGGACUGUCCCUGCAGUCCAGCCGGGACCUGCUCCGGGUCCUGGACGUCCACGUUGAGGCCAGCGACUCCAGCCAGGAGGAAACGGCGCGCUACAUCAAAGAGAGGAUAGACGAGAACCUUCCUCCGGAGAAGUACAUCAACCUGUUCCACUGCUUGAACGAGCUGAACGACCAGGACCUGAUGGAGGAGAUCCAGGGCCUGGUGGAGCAGGACGGGGAGUCCGUCAUGGACCGGUGCUCCGCGGCUCGCUGGGCGGCUCUGGUCUUCCUGCUGGUGACGUCACCGGAGAGACGGGAUCACAUCGACCUGAAGAAGUACUCGGGAACGGAGGAAGGCCUGGCGAGACUCCUCCCAGCCAUCAGGGUCUCCAAGACAGCAGCGUUAAAGGACUGUAAUCUCAGAGAAGAGUCCUGCCGGUUGAUCUCUUCUGCUCUCAGUUCAAGACAUAACAAGCUGCAGGUCUUGAAUCUGAGCGACAACAGCCUCUGGGACACUGGGCUGGAGCUUCUCUCCGCCGGACUGAAGAGCAGCUGCUGCAGACUGAAGACGCUGAGGUUGAACAGAUGCUGUCUCACCUGGAGAUCCUGCCAGUACCUGGCUACAGUUCUGAGGACUCACCUCCAGGAGCUGGACCUGAGCCACAACAACAUCCAGGACUCUGGAGUUCAGCUGCUCUGCAGCGGCCUGGAGAAACAGAGAUGCAAACUGGAGACACUCAGGUUGUCGUUCUGUGAGGUCACAGGCCUGGGCUGCAGCUCCCUGGCUCUAGCGGUCAUGUCCAACCCGACCCGGCUGAAGGAGCUGGACCUGAGCUACAACCACCUGGGGGAAGAGGGUCCCAGGCUGCUGUCCAGGGUCCUGGAGGAGGCAGGGUGUCAGUUCACCAGGCUCAGAGUCGACCACAACGCAGAGCACUGGCUGAGGUAUGGACUGAGGAAACACGCCCGUGAUCUGACCCUGGACCCCAACUCGGCCCACGAGCUGCUGGUUUUGUCCGACGACCAGCGGAGCGUCCACCAGGGCAGGGAGAGGCAGCCGUACCCGGACCACCCGGACCGGUUCGACUACUGGCCUCAGGUUCUGUUCCGGCAGGGCCUGACGGGCCGCUGCUACUGGGAGCUGGAGUGGGGGGGGGACUGGGCCGGCGUCGGGGCGGCGUACGCCAGCAUCGGCCGGAAAGGGCCGGACAACGACUCGGUGAUGGGCUACAACAGGGAGUCCUGGAGCCUGCACUGCUCCGGCCACGGCUACCGGGCCUACCACGACCUCCGGAGCACCGUCGUCCCCGUCCCUCCGGCCCGGUCCCGGAGGUUAGCCGUGUUUCUGGACUGGGACGCCGGAGUCCUGUCCUUCUACAGCGUCUCUGCUGAACGGUUCCUGACACACCUGCACACCUUCAUGACCCGGUUCUCCAGCCCUCUGUUCCCCGUGUUCCGGGUCUGGGGUAAGGGCUCGUCCCUCAGGAUCUGUCAGGUGGAACAGUGAGGAAUCAGAACUGGGGAUGCACCGGUCAGGGUUUAGAUCACCGAUCACCCAUCACCAAAACCAGGAUCUGCCGAUCGAUCGGUUGCCGACUGUUGUAGAAAACGGAAAGGUGAAAUCCUGCACUCUGAUUGGUUGUUAACUGUGGUAUAAUGAUCUGAUUGGUUGUUAACUGUGGUAUAAUGAUCUGAUUGGUUGUUAACUGUGGUAUAAUGAUCUGAUUGGUUGUUAACUGUGGUAUAAUGAUCUGAUUGGUUGUUAACUGUGGUAUAAUGAUCUGAUUGGUUGUUAACUGUGGUAUAAUGAUCUGAUUGGUUGUUAACUGUGGUAUAAUGAUCUGAUUGGUUGUUAACUGUGGUAUAAUGAUCUGAUUGGUUGUUAACUGUGGUAUAAUGAGCUUAUACCACGGCUUCUAUUCUAAAGCCUCAUCACAGCAGAUCAUUCCACGUCAGGGAAGCAACAAUGUUUCCAUGACAACAACCAACUGGUACAGAUUGAUGACGGUUACAACAGGUAGAAAAAAGUAGCUGGUGUUAAUGUUUAUUUUUUUAAUUUUUGUUAACAAUUAAUGAGGCAUGUUGACGUAAAUGUUAAUCUCCGGGGAGGAGCUAACGUUAGCGGGGAGGAACUAACGAUGGAUGGAUGGAUUGAGGAGUUCCCGUCUCCGACAUGCCGAGCUACAUCUGGAGAGAUGGACUAUUGUUUUACACAGUGGGAUAUUUUUACUGGAUAAUAUGUAUUUCUGAUUAAUUAAAA